GUAAUUCAAGUCAUGGUUUAGUAAGUUUGGUGGAAUGUAGGUGAAUCUUGCUCUAUUUCAGUGAGCGGCUAAUUAUAGCAUUUUAAAAUAGUAAGCGAUUAAAGGAUUGACCCAUGAUGCAGCAGUCGUAACACUGAGCUUUAAACGACAUGCAAAUCCCACUACCAAUCCAAUAGAAACUGGAUUAUUUCACCUGUUGCUCAACGCACGAUCAAGCCAAUUUAUAUUAGCAGAGGACUAGAAUCUUUAUUUUGUAAUCUUGUUUUAAUUGAAUGUUUCAAGGCUAUCGUUACUUUUAGCAACGUCUUUUGUGUAAACAUAUUUUAAAUCAAAGGUCUCACAUUCUUUCCACUGAGUGACACUUCUCACCCCGAACUGAUCUUUAUGCAAACGAGCAGCGGCACGAUGUCGCAACAACCAAUGAGAUCGCAGCUAGUUACUUUCCGCCUGAUGCCAUUGGAUGCUGGGGCAGAAUAGGACCGCCCACUAGCAUCCCAACAAGAAUAACAGACUAGCGAAACUCCAUCGUUUUCUCCAUUGAGAAAUUCCUAAUUUUGGAGUAAGUUCACAGGGAAUGUGCACAAAUGGAGCCUUCAGGGCUCAGCAGGCGAAGAGAAAAGCGGAGGAGUUUGAAGUUUGUUCAGCUCCUGUCAGAAGAUUUGUGAACUUUUAUCAGAUAAUAAGCCAACGAUUUCGCCGUUUUGCAACUUCUUAUUUCGUCUUAUUCAAUUUAGCAUAUGAAAAUUGAUUCUUAAUUAAUAUUUAAUGUGUUUAUGAUACGAUUUAGUUAUGGCAGGUGUUAAUAUGGAAACCUUUUCUCGGCUGAGCGUAAAUGACUGUUGGGUUGUUGGGCUCGAGCGCUUCGCCGUUGGUGCUGCUGGAGAAGAAGAGGAGUUUUUCGAGAUUAGGACUGAAUGGUCUGAAAAAAGCAUAACAUAUCUGCGAAGAAGCUAUCCUGAUCUAGUGAAACUAGUUAGGAAUUUCAGUAUAUCAUUUCCAGACGACAAAGGACUUUUGUCUCAAUCAGGGAUGCUUAAGGCACUACAGAAGAUAAAAGAAGCAGAGGAAAACAAUAACAUUCAAACCAGGUUGGAUGAAGUGGAAAAACUAUUGAGAAAUAUAAUCAAAAUGCCACAAAAGUUCUCUCACUCUGAAGCAGUUCUUAAGUUUUUCAAGACGUCCUCUCUUGACUACACUUUGAAAACAAUGUAUGAACCAAUCCAGCCUCUCUACCAGAGUCCUGUCACUGUGGCUGAUGUCAGAAGGGCCAAUGGGUUUUGUUUGGCCAAUACAGAAACUGUACUUUUUGAUGCGUACUUACUAGCACAAGAGGCAGAACCAUCUUCAAAGUACAGCUCUGAGAUUAAGUCUCCGAUGUGGACCGGAAUGAGAAUUCCAAAUGGGAUCAGAUGCGUCAAGAAUACUGUGCACAAACCUGGAAAGGGCUUUAUGACUGGUGGUACCCCUGAAAGUAAAGACACAGACUGUCAACCUAAAAUAUCACAGACUACCACCAGCAAUAUGGCCUAUCUCCACCUACAAGCCUGUGAGACAGACAUCCUUGAAUAACAUAAUGCUCUUGACAGUGUCAUUACAGCUUUCUAGUGUGGAAGUCCACAGAAAUAUUCAUUUUUAAGGCUUAGCCUGUAAGAGUAAAAAUAAACUUUUUUAAGUAAAAUAAUACAUUUCUAAAGGGUUUUAAAAAUGGAUAUGAAUAGUAUAUUUUUUAAAGUUAAAAGAGAAGUUCACUUC